AUGAGUGAGCUUGUAUCUCGUCUCAAAAUAAUUGUUGAACGUAUAAAUCAACUAUCGUCAUCUCAUCGUUCUCCGGUUCGUUUAAUUGCUAUAUCAAAAACAAAAGCAGUUGAAGAUAUAAUUGAACUUUAUCGUGCUGGACAACGUUACUUUGGUGAAAACUAUGUUGAAGAGUUAGAAAAGAAAUCCAAUAAUCAAUUAAUUCGUAGUCAAUGUCCUGAUAUUCGUUGGCAUUUUGUUGGUCAUUUACAACGAAAAAAAGUUCCUAAAAUUUUAACGCGCGUACCAAAUCUUGAUUGUAUUCAAACCGUUGAUACAAUUGAUUUAGCAAAUCGUUUAAAUUUAAAUCUUCAGCAGCAAUCACGAAACUUAAAUAUUCUUCUACAAAUAAAUACAAGUAAUGAAAAACAAAAAUAUGGAAUUGAUUCAAAACAAUUUCUAUCUCUAUAUGACUAUAUAAAAAUCAAUUGUCCCUUAUUAGUUUGCCAAGGUUUGAUGACCAUCGGCUCAUUAAAUAAUGUUCAAACACAGAGCGAUCAAGAUUUUCAUGCUUUAAUUAAAUGUCGCGACGAACUAUGUGCAAAAUAUAAUUAUAACAUAAAAGAUAUUGAAAUUUCGAUGGGUAUGUCGCAUGACUACGAACGUGCGAUUCAAAUGGGAAGCACAAUUGUACGUGUGGGCAGUUCAAUAUUUGGAGCUCGUCAUUGA